AUGGCUACCGACGGGCAAUCAAAUGAUCCGAUCGCGCAAUUUCUUCACAACUACGGGAAGGACAAGGCUUACUACGAGAGCCUGGCGAAUUACGUGAAGAAUCUCUGCGAAGGAUUCAUGAGGAAUCAGCAAAUUGAUGGAACUGUCACCGCCCGUGCCAAAGACAAGACUAGUCUGGAUAUCAAGGUCAAUCGGCGGCACCGGCAGAAGAGCUACGCCACAGUUAAUCAGAUCAAAGCAGACAUCGCAGAUCUUUCGGGAGUGCGCAUAGCUUUGUUCUAUCCAUAUCAUCGGGAUCUCGUGGGCAAGUUCAUACAUGAGGAUUUCGACGUUGUUGGGAGGGUGGUGCAUCCAAAGAACCCUUCGGACGAAACGGGACAAGACCGCUUCGACGCUGAGUACGAAAAUCGGUUCCGUGGCUACAAUGCCACUCAUUACCGCGUUCGCCUGGGGGAGAAGAAUGCCAAGAGAAACUUUCGCCCGGAUCUGGUCGAGAUUCAAGUCAUGACUGUCUUGCAAAGCGCUUGGUCGGAGGUAGAACACAACAUCCUCUACAAAAAAUUGGAGGGCAACCCAUCUUAUCCGGAACGGCAGCUUCUCGAUGGCCUUAGUGGCCUCGUCUCUGUCAGCGAGCUCUACUUGGAGCAACUGAACACCAUGUUCAACACUCGGGUCGAACUCCAGAAGGCGCAGAACGAGCCAUUUGCCAACAAGUACGAGCUUGGAUCCUUCCUGUUUUCCAGAAUGCGAGAAACGAAACAAUCCGAUCAAUUCACCCUGUCCUCUGUGGAGCUGCUUCGAAGGUUCCUGGGGCUCAGCUGUUUCAAGCUGGACACAAAGGAAAAACUCGGCCAAAUGCUCAAUGAAAUCAACAUUGGCACCGAUCUUACGUCCAACUUCACAUACCCUUACAGUGAGAAACCCAAUGUGUCUCUUGUCAUCAUGGAGCGGCUCUACCCAAGGACCAAAGGAACUCUGAAAGACUCCCUCUCCCCACGCGAAGAGCGAGAUCUUUGCAGCGUUCUCAUCAGCACCAUCAUCUCAUUGGAUGAGCUGUUUCCUCCAACGUCAUUCUGGGAGAAGGAGCUGACCGACAACGAGAGAUCCUCAGCGGGGCCGUCACAGCAACUGGAUAAUCUCAAGUGGAUGAUGAACGCUCAGGCCCCAAGAAAUGUCUUGCUCGGCCACUUGAAUCCUCUCAACAAGGAGGAGCGGGACACGCUCGUGAGUCUUUGGAAGUGGUUUUCCAACCAUAAGUCAAAGUAUGUCCGUUUCGUCUUCGACAUUUCUAAGCUUGGCCAUCUUCGAGAAUUUCCGCAGGACAUAGCAGCUCUCGAGAGAGUUUACCACAUGGCAAAAGAUCUGCUCGGCGUGGUUUGA